AAAAUUGAUUAUAAAAAUAAUAUAAAUAAUACUAAAAUGGCUAAAUAGGGUUGGGGAUUUUCAGGAAACAAUGUGAAAUUGAAUACAAAUAAGUAAGAUAUAUAAAUAGAUUUAGUCGUGUAGAAAAGAAGUUAAAUAUUUGGGAAACAGCAGGAAAAGCAGAUGAUAUAUAAUACAUUCCUGAUGCUGAGGAAGAGAAGAAACCUUAAAAUUAAGUAUCAGAUGCUGGAGUAGUUUUAGGAUAAAAAUUAUAGAAUAUAAAUGAAUUAUAGAAUUUAGCAAAAAUAUCAUCUUUGCCAUAACCAGUAUAAAUAUGAAUUAAAAAUAAGGCAGACGAUAUAGAUUUUAGUAUUUUAACAUAAGUAUUGAGACCAGCUGAGGAAGUAUAGGAUAUAGACGAAUAAUGGGAAUUUUCAAAAUUAAAAACAGAAAUGUAGGAAAUAGUGAAUAAGCUUUACAGUAAUAAAACAAAUUCUUGAAUAAUU